AACAUUUCCACCUUUCUCCCCUCCACAAACUCCCUUUCCUUUCAUCUAUCGCCAUGCUUGCUCGGCGCACUGUCGCACGCCUCGCUGCACAGCCCUCAACGCUGGGCGCCGCGCCUCCGAGCGCGCGUAACAUGGCCACGCUUCGUGAGAUCGAGUUGCGCUUGAAGUCCGUCAAGAACAUCGAGAAAAUCACGAAAUCGAUGAAAAUGAUAGCCUCGACUAAGUUGGCUAAGGCCCAGCGCGCCAUGCAGAACGGCAAGCAGUAUGGUAUUGCCAACUCGGAGAUCUUUCAAAACACCACUCCGGAGUCGGCUCCAAAGCGCACGCUGUUCCUGGUCGUUUCUUCCGACAAGGGUCUCUGCGGAGGCAUUCAUUCGUCUGUGACGAAGGAAACCCGUCGCGCCAUCGCUAACGGCCAGCACGGUGCUCAGUCCGACUCCCCUAUCAUGGUCAUUGGUGACAAGCCGAAGGCUCAGCUGUCUCGCACCCUCCCUGAGAACCUCACCCUAACCUUCAACCAAAUUGGUCGUGAUAUUCCCACAUUUGCGGAUGCUGCGGGUGUCGCGGAUCUCAUUGUCAAGAGUGGCGCUCAGUACGACGCCAUCGCCAUUGUACAUAACAAGUUUGUGUCGGCAAUCUCAUAUGAGCCUACUGUCGUCGAGAUCCUGGCCGAGGACCUUCUCAAGGAAUCGCCCGGCUUCAAAGCAUACGAGAUGGAAGACGAUGUCACAAAGGACCUUGCCGAGUUCUCUUUGGCCAACGCUAUCUACGCUGCUCUCACCGAAGCUCACGCAUGCGAACAGAGUGCUCGUCGUAAUGCCAUGGACAACGCCUCCAAAAAUGCGACCGACAUGAUCUCGUCUCUACAGAUGCAGUACAAUCGUGGACGACAAGCUGCUAUCACGAAUGAGCUUGUUGAUAUCAUCACUGGUGCGAGCGCCCUUUAAACUGGGAAUGACCUGUCGGGGAGAGCCUAUCUUCGUUUCGGCAUAAUGUGCCGUUGUCUGCACCCCUGUCACGUAGCGGGUAGAAGAAUCAUUCAGUUUUUCCAUUACAUGGCCCUUCUGAGUGUAUCGCACAGCCUUGCCAAAUCAAAGUAGUUUGACUUGUCUCCCAUUC